AUGCUCUGCGAUCCAGCUCAAUAUGAAGAUGCUAACACGAGACCCUCGCACCAGGGCUCACGACUCCAAGUCGUAACAGCAGGCGCGACGGCGGGCCUGAUCUCGCGGUUCGUGAUCGCGCCGCUCGACGUCGUCAAGAUCCGGCUCCAGCUGCAGACGCACUCGCUCUCGGACCCCCUCUCGCGCGCCGGCCUGCCGCCCAACGCCCCUGUCUACAAGGGCACGCUGCCGACCAUGCGCCACAUCCUGCGGCACGAGGGCAUCACGGGCCUGUGGAAGGGCAACGUCCCCGCCGAGCUCAUGUACGUCUCGUACGCCGCCAUGCAGUUCACCGCCUACCGCUCCAUCACGGUGCUGCUGCACGGCGCCCUCGGCGAGCACCGCGUCCCCAAGGCCGUCGAGAGCUUCGUGGCCGGCGCCGGCGCCGGCGCGGCUGCCACGGCGGCUACCUACCCCCUGGAUCUGCUGCGCACGCGCUUCGCCGCCCAGGGCGUCGACAGGGUGUACUCGGGCCUGUUCCGCGCGGUGGCCGACAUCCAGCGUGACGAGGGCGCGCGAGGUUUCUUCCGCGGACUGGGGCCGGGGUUGGCGCAGAUCGUGCCGUUCAUGGGCCUGUUCUUCGCUAUCUACGAAGGGCUUCGGGUGCCGCUUGGCCAGCUCGACCUCCCCUUGGGCAGCGGCGAUGCCACCGCCGGUGUAGUUGCUAGUGUCAUCGCGAAGACGGGCGUGUUUCCGCUAGACUUGGUCCGGAAGCGCAUUCAGGUCCAGGGCCCAACCAGGGAGCGAUAUGUGCACAAGAACAUACCGGCAUACGACACGGGGGCUGUGAGGGCGAUCCGGAUGAUUGUAGCCAAGGAGGGGUUCAGGGGGCUGUAUAGGGGACUAACCGUCAGUCUCCUCAAGGCAGCGCCGGCGAGCGCGGUUACUAUGUGGACUUACGAGCGAGUCUUGAAUUUUCUCGUUGGCAACGCUGCAGAGGAGGGAGCACACAAGGCUGUUGAGUAA